AACACAUGUCCAACGACGAAUGGCUGCUGGGAAUCGAGAAUUCCCUAUUUAUUUGCAUUAUCGCUACCCCAUUCUUCAUGCCAAUCCUUAUCCCUCAAGUUGUAUGAUCUGAUCCAUGCUCAAUGUCGACCAAGGUUUACUCAAUAGUGAUCAAGGCAAAAUUGGAUUGCUGUCGUUGCCACGAGAAGAUAAAGAAAGCAAUCUGCUCCCUCUGCGUGUGCGAAAUCAACAGUAAGAGUUUUGAUGAGAAGUCCAAUAAAAUUACACUCAUUGGAACCUUUGAUCCAAAAAAGGUCAUCAAGAAAAUAUGUCAGAAAGCCAGCAAAUGCAUAGAUAGCAUUGAGGUGUCGGAGGUAAUAAGUAAGACGCCGGAUUCCGACGCUGAGAGCAAGAAGAAGGAUCCACCACCUCCACCAGUACCAAAGGAGGAGGCUGGUGGGGCUAAGGAAAAAGCAAAGGCAGGCGGGAAGAAAGAUGGUGCCAAGGAAAAAGAUAAAAGGAAAGAUCCCCCAUCACCAGAGCUGGUGGGGCCUGUAUUAGUAGUGGUUGUUCCACCGCCAGCCCCAGCUCCAGCUCCAAAACCACCACCUACAGUACCGGCCGAUCCGCCAAAGAAGCCAGAACGAGAAGUCAUUGCAUGUGUACCCGUAGCCCUACCUGUAGGUGCGCCGGUGGGCUGCUGCCACUGCGGUCCAUCUCACUGUGGGUGCUACUACCGGCCUUGCCCGUGGCCGGGGUACGAGACCCGACCCUGCACAUGUGGAUGCAGCAAUCGGAGUCAUCCGUGUUCCAUUAGCCGCCAACAUGGGUGUCCUGGGAACUGUGUUGUUUUCAGUGAGGAAGACUCAACAUGCAAAACCAUGUAAAAAUGGUGCACACAUGUGUGCCUUCCGUGAGAAUACGGUUUCAUGAAUGUGCUGAUGUCGAGUCAUGUGGACGGAUAUGCUGGAUUUUUAGGGGCAGUUUCAGUAAGAGCAACAAAUUAUUAUUGGACAAUAAAUCAGCUCAAAAAAUUAGAGUAGAUUUAGGGAAUACUAUGUUAUAGUGUUUCAUAAAUUUAUGUCAUUCUUUGAGGCAAGUUCAUGUAGCAAUAUGUUACUAUUGCCAAACGACCUCUGAGGGGGUCAAUUUGCAAGAUAAAAGGAUGGUGUAUAUAAGUACAUCUACUUUACUAGGGCAGGCUAUUUACUCUUAAAGAGUACAAUGCUCUAUUAUAAGAUGUAAUGUGCAGAAUGUAUUACUUUGAUAUACAAACAUGUAAGGUGUGGUUGUUGUUAUCGUUCUAUAAGAGUAACAUGCUUGGAUCAAUUUAA